AUGUAUCGUAAUAAUGUAAGCAAAAAUUUUAAAAUUACUUCGAAAUAUCAGCAACCAAUGAAUCCACGGAAAUCCAAACAAAAUUUAGAAAAUAUCAAUAUAUCAUCAGAAGAUUCCGAACAAACAUUUAUUAGAAGCACAACAAAAAUUCUUAAUUUAUUUAAAAAUACUUCUACAAGUUAUAAUGAAAAAAUACAGGAAGAGAAUAUUGAAAUUGAAGAAAAGAAAAAUAAUGCAAUUACCGUUAAGGAAAAUUCAGCCAAUAAUACUGAUAGUAAUAAAAUUAUUUUUAAUGUAGUAAUAGGUAAAAAGUCUAUGAGAAAACAUAAGAAAUGGGACGAUGAUGGAAUACUGGAAGUCACAGGAAAAUAUGCAAUUUUAAAGGAUAUGGUAGGCAAUAUUAUUCAUAAAACUAAAGUUAAUCCAGAAGUUCUUGUGGAAGGCUUUAGAAUGUAUAUAGAUAACAAAGAAAUUGAGAUAAUUGACAAAGCAGUAGCUAAAUGUUUACCUCAUAAAUCUACUCCAGAAAAGAUUUCAGAACCACCCACAAAGAAAUUAAAAAUUUCAAGUUCUAAACCAUAUGUUCCAUUAGGAUCCUUACAUAAAGAGUUAAAGUUGAGAUGUCAUCCAUUAGUAAUGCCAUCUAUAAAUAUUUCAAAGAACUGGAUAGAGAAUGAUGUGUUAGAAAAUGAGAAAGAAGUGUCUGUAGAUACUUGUUUAGUAAAUAUUCUUAGACCACACCAACGCUAUGGUAUUGUUUUUCUAUAUGAAUGUAUUAUGGGUUUAAAAAUACCUAAUUAUUUUGGAGCAAUUUUAGCUGAUGAAAUGGGACUUGGUAAAACAUUACAAUGCAUUACAAUUAUUUGGACAUUAUUAAAAAAAGGACCAUAUGGAUGUCCAAUAUUAAAAUAUAUAUUAAUAGUAACUCCUAGUAGUUUAUGUAAUAAUUGGAAUAAAGAGUUUAAACAUUGGUUGGGUUUUCAUAGGAUAUCUCCAUAUAUCAUAAAUGCCAAAAAUAAACCCAAAGAUUUCAAAAAACAAGUAAGAAACUCAAUUAUGAUUGUUAGUUAUGAGAUGCUUGUCAAAUGUCAACAAGAAAUUGAGCAAAUACCCUUUGAUUUACUUGUAUGUGAUGAAGGACAUCGAUUAAAAAAUAAUGACAUAAAGGCAGCAAAGAUUUUAAAUAACUUAAAUUGUAAAAAAAGAAUUCUAUUGACUGGGACUCCUAUACAAAAUGAUUUACAAGAAUUUUUUGCUUUAGUUGACUUUGUAAAUCCUACUAUACUGGGCAGUAAUUCUGAAUUUAAAAUGCAUUACGAAAAACCCAUUAUAGCAUUACAAUGUCCUAAUGCACCACACCACAUUGUAUCUCUUGGAACUGAAAGAGCUAAUGAAUUACAUGAAAAAACGAAAUGUUUUAUAUUAAGACGUACACAAGAAACAAUUAAUAAGUACUUACCUUCUAAGCAUGAACUAAUUGUAUUUUGUCGUUUAUCGAGCGAGCAAGUAGAUUUGUAUUCGGCAGUCAUAGAUCUUUGGCUCGAUAAAAAUGUACUACCAAAUAAUGCUAUACCACCUUUAUCAGUAAUAAUGGCUCUUAAAAAAAUUUGUAAUCAUCCAGAAUUAUUUUAUACUGGGAAAAAUGAGAUUUUAUGUGCUGAUUUAAAAAACUUUAACAGAGGUUCUAAUGUAAAAGAUAUUACAAAGGAAGCUUAUUGUGGAAAAAUUUCAAUUGUACAAACAUUAAUGAAAAAUUUAAAAAAGACGGAUGAAAAAUUAGUAUUGAUUUCGUAUUAUACGCAAACACUCGAUCUACUGGAAACUGUUUGUAAAACUGAAUAUUUACAAUUUCUUAGACUAGAUGGUAGUACAACAAGUAAUGCAAGAUCUAAAAUCAUAGAACUGUUCAAUUCAAUGGAUAAUAAUAGUAAAGUACUUUUAUUAAGUGCAAAGGCUGGCGGAGUUGGAUUAAACUUACCCGGUGCAUCUCGACUUAUAUUAUUUGAUUCAGACUGGAAUCCAGCAUCUGAUUCACAAGCUAUGGCAAGAAUUUGGAGGGAUGGUCAGAAAAAAGAUGUUUACAUAUUAAGAUUACUAACUACAGGUACUAUUGAAGAAAAGAUCUUUCAGAGACAAGUCAACAAAGCAAAUUUAAGUCAAACUGUGGUGGAUUUAAAUUGUUCGUCUUCCCUUAAACUAUCUAUGAGUGAAUUAAAGGAUUUAUUUACAUUAAAAACAAAUACAAAUUGUUUAACGCACGAUUUAAUGAAGUGUACUUGUAAUGGUUAUAAAAAACUAAAAGAAACAACAGAAGAACCUUGUCAAGAGAGUGAUAGAGAGUAUCAAUUUCUUCUAGAAAAUAAAACACUAAAAUCAAAUUUAACUAUAAACGAACUUUUGAAAUGGGAACAUUAUCAACAACCAAUUCCAGAUAAGAUAAUUCAAGAAACUAUGCUGUCUGAAAUGUCUAAUAAUAUCACUUUUGUACUAAAAAAUUCUGUAUUAAAUAAGACAAAAUAA